AUGGCGGAGGACGAGCCGAAGCCUUCGCAGCUCAGCAUGCCUUUAGUCCUGGACCGGGACCUGACCAAGCAGAUGCGGCUGCGCGUGGAGAGCCUGAAGCUGCGCGGGCAGAAGCGCCAGGAUGGCGAGAAGCUGCUGCGGCCGGCCGAGUCCGUGUACCGCAUUGACUUCAUCCAGCAGCACAGGCUGCAGUUUGAGCGCUGGGACGUCGUGCUGGACCAGCCGGGCAAGGUCACCAUCACGGGCACCUCCCAGAACUGGACGCCCGACCUCACCAACCUCAUGACGCGGCAGCUGCUCGACCCCGCGGCCAUCUUCUGGCGCAAGGAGGACUCGGAGGCCAUGGACUGGAAUGAGGCCGACGCCCUGGAGUUUGGGGAGCGCCUGUCCGACCUGGCCAAGAUCCGCAAGGUCAUGUACUUCCUCAUCACCUUCAGCGAGGGCCUCGAGCCCGCCAACCUCAAGGCUUCCGUGGUCUUUAACCAGCUCUGA